UUACUGAAUUUUCUCUUUUCCUYUUUCAGCCGAGUGGUUUUACCUUGCUCAGUGCAAGAGUAUCAAGUUGGGCAACUUUAUUCUGUGGCAGAAGCAAGCAAAAACGAAACAGGAGGUGGRGAAGGAAUUCAGGUCUUAAAAAAUGAGCCUUAUGAAAAGGAUGGYGAGAAGGGACAAUAUACUCACAAAAUCUAUCAUUUAAAGAGUAAAGUCCCUGGGUUUGUAAGGAUGAUUGCUCCAGAAGGCUCCCUGGUGUUCCAUGAGAAGGCCUGGAAUGCAUAUCCCUACUGUAGAACAAUUGUGACAAAUGAAUACAUGAAAGAUGACUUCUUCAUAAAAAUUGAGACCUGGCAUAAACCAGAUUUGGGAACAACAGAGAACGUGCACAAUUUAGAUCCAAACACGUGGAAGAGUGUUGAGGUUGUCCAUAUUGACAUUGCAGAUAGAACUCAAGUAGAACCAGGAGACUACAAAGCUGAUGAAGACCCUGCAUUAUUCCAGUCAGUUAAGACGAAGAGAGGACCUCUGGGGCCAAACUGGAAGAAGGAGCUAGCAACCGAUGAGGAGUGUCCCAAAAUGUGUGCUUACAAAUUGGUGACCAUCAAAUUUAAGUGGUGGGGACUGCAAAACAAAGUUGAAAACUUUAUACAAAAGCAAGAAAAAAGGAUAUUYACCAACUUCCAUCGCCAGCUGUUCUGUUGGAUUGACAAGUGGAUUGAGCUGACUAUGGAGGACAUUAGGAGAAUGGAGGAUGAAACCCAGAAGGAGCUGGAAGCGCUGCGUAACCAAGGCCAAGUGAGAGGAACGAGUGCUGCCAAUGACGAGUGACGCCGGACGGACGCCGAUGCCGGAUCUCGGAUGUGUGUGUGGGUGCAUGACUCUCUGUAUAUAACUACACACACACACAGACGGAAGGGGUGGUUACAGUGUCUCCGGGUGCUAAACCUGUCCUAGCAAAGAUUCCAAGGAAACUGCUUUCAUUAUGUAUCCCCCAAGCAAAUAAAAAUCAACUGAGUAGUGUCAUUUAAAGGAUGAAUUUUGCUAACUGGUAUGUUCAUGAAUGUCAAUACUGGACCAAUUUCUGCCCUACWUGUUUUCUCUCCUGUCCGAGUCACUCUCUCUAACUCGCCCGUCUCUCAUUGUAAAGGAACACUCAAACAAGUUAAUUUCAGUUUUAUGUCUUCCCUAUGUGAUGAGUUUUUGGAAUAGGAACAAUGAAUGUAUUUAUAGCUAUUUAUUUCUGGAUUGUCAUUAUCCUCUAGUCAAAUCAGAAAAAAAAUUUCUAUUAGUGGAAAUUGGAAGACUUUUACUGUUGAAUAAGUUUAACCCAAACUUUACCCACUCACUGAUUUAAAAGAAAAAAAAAAUCAUGUUUUAUUGGACUUUUGUACAUUGAAAUGCUAACGGUUUUCUUCAUUAAAAUUGGCAAGAUUAAGGAAAAAUGGCUUGUGAUUUAUAAAGUAAUUUUCAAUUUGAAAUUUUCCAGAAUCUGCUUUUUUAGACAAGUACACUGACAGUACCUGUAGAGCAUUUUCCAGUGUAUCUUAGGCCAAACAGUGAGGAGAGGCAGAGCCAUUCCCUCCAGGAAUACUCCUGCCAGAGCAGUGGCUGUUUUCCAGAGCUUCCCUUUGGAACCCAUGCAAGCAGYCUGGAUUUCACACACAGCAAUGGAAUAUAAUAGAGAUUUUAGCUGUUUUCAUGUUGGAAAUACACUUUGGGAGAUGUAGACUUUCAGAUAUGACAGUUUCAGUUGUAGCCCCUGACAUGUUUCCCUGCUGUCUAUAAGGGGCUGAUGUGCAAGAGCCCCUGGGGUAACAAAUUCCUCCUGAAGGAAACUCCACAGGGAAAAGGUCUUCAGCGUGUUUAAGGAACUAUUCAGAGCACAUAACAGCAGGGGAUAUUAUCCUAAUGCUUGUUAGAUCAAAGAAAAAGUAUUUUAAAAGCACUAGUUAGAUAAAGAUCUGUUAAUGCCUGGUUUCCUCCCAGCACCCUUGGCAGGGUGAGCCUUUCCUGAGCUCCCAGGAGGGAUCUGAUUCCUGUUACCAUCAGCGACAACAAAACAUUCCUGCCCUGGCAGCACGGGUCAGGUGUGCUGUGCACCUUGUGCUGGUGCUGUGCACGCUGGCACUGCCUCACCUGGSCAUUGCACCUGCCCACUCUCCAGGCCCCACAGUGAGGUUUUGUUUUCCUUUCUGGGUUAGCAGUUGUUUGGGUUAUUUGUCCUGUGCCACCCCGAGGUUGGGUUGGUAAAUGCAGGGAUGUGGCACACACACACAGAGGUCAUCCAAGUGCCCAAGCCCAGGAUGGCAGCACACCUGGAACCCAAGGGUUCAGUGCUGGAGUUCAUGUCCUGCCACUGUAAAUGUGUUGUAACACAGGCAGAGGGAAAAGGGCCCUGUGACUUCCACAGAUUUGGACUAGUUGUGAAWAUUUGAGAGAAUCUUGUAGUGAAUGUAUAAUGUUUAGUUUCCUUCAGCAGUUUCUGGUGUGACUGACAGUAAAGCGGGCAAUGAAAUUUAAUUAAAUAAAUUUGAUCAUAAAAA